GAGAGAGAGAGAGAGAGGGAAAAAGUUACUCAAGAUGGCAAAUCCCUCGGAGCCGGAGUGAAGGGGCCCCGCUCCCCGAAAAGAGCACAAAGACAAGCCGAGCCCGUCGCCGGUACCGCAGACGAACCCGACGAUGCGAACCGCUCCAGGAGGCUUACAAGGGAUUCCCUGAAGAAGAAGAAGAAGAAGAAGAAGAAGAAACAUGCCAGUGAGGCGGAAGCUGGUGUGACACAGCGUGUGCUGGAAGAACGCUGACUCAUCGGAUAUCAAACCCCCCCCGGGAGCCACCCGGCAGGCGAAAGAAGCCGCUCACAUCACCCGAUGCAGAGCUAGAAGAGAGCCUCUCACCCCACCCCGACCUCCUCCCCUCCUACCCCCCUCCCCCAUCCACAACAGGAACCACCAGCAGCGGGAAUACCCCCAGCACCAGCUCCAGCUCGGGUUCGGGCCCAGAAGACCUGAAAGUGACAGCUGGUCACAGCACCCGUCCUACAGGGUAUAGUUCUUCAGGGGGAACCACCACCGCAGCGCCCCCCCUCCCUGGCGGACCAUGAUGUUUCGCGAUCAGGUGGGCGUGCUGGCCAGCUGGUUCAAGGGCUGGAACGAGUGCGAGCAGACGGUGGCUCUGCUGUCGCUGCUGAAGAGGGUGAGCCGGACCCAGGCCCGCUUCCUGCAGCUGUGUCUGGAGCACUCCCUCGCCGAGUGCACCGAGCUGCAGGCGCUGGAGGGGGAGGCCAACGACCCAGGGGUGAUCAGCCAGUGGCAGGGCGAGUCCAAGGAGCGCGUCAUCUCGCUGGUCCUCACCCACCUGCCGCUGCUCAAGCCCGGCAACGUGGAGGCCAAAGGCGAGUACAUGCGCCUGCUGCCGCGCAUCCUGGCGCACACCAUCGAGCACGGCCGCCACCUGGAGGAGUCCCGCCAGCUCCUCUCCUACGCCCUCAUCCACCCUGCCACCUCCCUGGAGGACCGCUCCGCCCUGGCGCUCUGGCUCAACCACCUGGAGGAGAGGGCGGCCGCGCGGGGGGACUCGCUGGAGAGGCCUCCUCCCUCCGGGCAGCAGCAGGCCACGCCUCCGUCUACCCUCUCCUCGUCGGGCUCCUCCUCCUCCUCCUCCACCAACACCUCGUCGUCGGGGAACCCCUACUCCAUGCAUCUCCACCAGCGCUACGGCUCGGACGACCGGCUCAACGGGUGGCAGAGCGCCAGGGACUCGGGGCUGGGGGGCUGGCAGCAGCAGCAGGGCUGUGAGAACGGGCACCUCCUGCUCUACCCGUCCUCCUCUGUGCCGGCAACCAUCAACGCCGUGGGAACCAGUGGAGCCCUGCCCAGUGGAGGCGGCGGCCAGCAGCACAGUCCCCUGAAGCGCUCCGUGUCGCUCACGCCUCCCAUGAGCGGCCCGAGCAGCCAGCCGCUGGGCCCCGUCUGGCUGUCCCAGGAGGACCUGCGGGCCGCCAGGGGCCCGGCCCCGGACCACGCGCCCCUCUCGCCCCAGAGCAGCAUCGCCUCCUCGGGCAGCGGGGGCAGCGAGCACCUGGAGGAGGCCGGCUUGGGGGGCGCCUCGGGCCUCCAUCGCAGCUCCUUCCACGACGAUGGCAGCGGCAUGAGGGAUGUUCCUGCCUGGCUGAAGAGUCUCCGCCUCCAUAAGUACGCCGCUCUCUUCUCCACCAUGACCUACGAUGAGAUGAUGUCGCUGACUGAAGAGCAGCUGGAGAAGGUCACCAAAGGAGCGCGACACAAGAUUGUCAUCAGCAUCCUGAAGCUCAAAGAGAGGCAGAACCUGCUGCGCAGCUUGGAAAAGGACGUGCUGGAGGGCAGUAACCUGCGCGCUCCGCUGCAGGAGCUCCACCAGAUGAUCGUGACGCCCAUCAAGGCCUUUGGCGGCGGCGAGGAGGCCUCCCCGCAGCGCUCCCUGCUGGGCCACGAGUGCAAAAGCGCGGCGCCCGGUGCCCACCUGACCGGGGUGGGCGGAGGGGAGGCGGAGUCGGGCGGCAGCAUCAUCGCCGAGGGGGAUCUACCCGGCCAGUUCACUCGCGUCAUGGGCAAAGUUUGCACCCAGCUGCUGGUGUCCAGGUCAGACGAGGACAGCAUCAGCUCCUACCUGCAGCUCAUCGACAAGUGCCUUAUCCACGAGUCCUUCACAGAGACGCAGAAGAAGAGGCUGUUGUCAUGGAAACAACAGGUCCAGAGGCUGUUCCGGUCCAUUCCAAGGAAAACCAUCCUCGACUUAGCGGGGUACCGAUCGCAGAGGAGCCGGUUCGGCCAGUCCAACUCCCUCCCCACCGCUGGCUGUGUCGGGGGCGGCGUGUCGGCCCGGAGGAGCCUUCGCCAGUUCCAGAUGCCCUCCAGGAGUCUGCCCGGCGCCCGCCCCCUGCUGGGCAGCGGGGGGCUGCUGGGGCCGACGCCUCGCAGCUCCAGCAGCAUCCCCACGGGCCCCAAGCAGGGGAGACAGGGCCUCUGGUUCGCUAACCCCGGAGGAAGCAACAGCAUGCCGAGCCGGACGCACAGCUCGGUGCAGAGGACCCGCUCCCUGCCGGUCCACACCACGCCACAAACCAUGGUUAUGUUCCAGCACGCCGAUCUCCAGCUGCCGGUGACGGAGCCGGACAUCAACAACCGCCUGGAGUCUCUGUGUCUGAGUAUGACGGAGCACGCCUUGGGAGACGGCGCCGACCGCACAUCGACCAUAUGAGUGGAGGCCCUGAGUGAGACGGCGCUGGUUCAGGAGGCUCUCUGCCCUUCUGAUACCCCCCCCCCCCCAGUGCUCAACCAGUGGAGCAUGAGGGAGAUAUGACCAUCACACCCCCCCCCCCCCCCCAGUGACGUAAACACACAACACACCUCCUGCUCCUGUGUGUGAACAGGCGUCAGGCCGUGGAUCAGUGUGCCCCCCCCGUCCCCCCGCACAUGGACCACAGGCCGCGGGGUCAGAAGGUCAGGAUCCUCUCACCAAGGAUCCACAAAGAAACCCAAGUCCUUAUUUGUGUUGUGUGUGUUUAUUGUUUACAUGAUGAUGCGACUUUCAAAGGGUACACAGAUGAACUUCAGGUCGCAUUUGGCCGCCCAACAUUUUUACAACAAACUCAUCCUUUAUUUUCACAGCCAGCAGAGGAAGACUUUGGCUUGGAGAGGAGGAUGAGGAGGAGGAGGAGGAGGAUGUGGAGGAGGAGGAGGUGUGUGAGGAGGGCUGAGAGGAAGAGAUUGAGAAGGACACAGGAAGUGGCAGAAGAAAGAAAGAAAGGAGCUGAGGCGACGCUGGAAAGGGAAGCGGAUGUUUUAAACUGAGAAAGACGUCGGGGGCGGGACCUCUGAUUGGACGAAGGUGAUUGAGGAUGAUGAUGUCAUGUGGUCGAGUGUAGGAGGACAUGAGUUGCGCAUUGUUGAUGCCGUAUUAACUCUUUGAAGACAGAGCCCCUCUGAUGGCACAGUGCCUUCAAAGUGUGUUUGUGGUUCAGACGCAGGGUUCAGUCUCCUUCUCCUUCUUCUUCUUCUCCUUCUUCUUCUUCUUCUUCUCCUUCUUCUCCUUCUCCUUCUUCUUCUCCUUCUUCUUCUUCUUCUCCUUCUUCUCCUUCUUCUUCUGAAGCAGCUGCGUGUUGACGCCAGGCGUCUCUCGCGUGCUGCUUGUGAGACGUGAGAAGCAGACGUUUGGGUUCCUCUGGCGUCGCCCCGUCAGUCCAUGAAGGGUCUCUUUGGUUUCCCCAGAGACGCCUCGGUGGCGCCCGCCGCCCCUGCUGGCCGAACACGCUCACUGCACCGCAGCGGCUUUAUUCUUUCUUUCUUUCUUUCUUAACCUCACGGUUACUCUUUGCCUUAAUAUUCAUCCUCAGUUUAUUGUAACUUUAUUAAAAUACAUAGGUCUAUAGGGAAUAAGGCUGCUAGGACCCCCCCCCCUUAGUGCAGUCCUGAUCGAUCACUCGAGGGAUGUUGAUGACUAUUAGAAUUGUUAUUGUCUAGUUUCUUUCAUUUAGUGUGUUGCAUGGCGAGCGGCCAUGUUGGAUCCCGACGCUCCUCCACCUCAGAGGAGGAGUCGCUCCACAUCAGAGCUCGGUUCACCUCGCUUUAAACACACACAUCCAGUAUCUAGACUCUUAUGUUUUUACAACCUUUCAGGUUCCUUUUUGUUAUUUAAAUGAAGCGCACACCUACGAGUGAACGUCGGCGCCAUGCUCACCUUCUUAAGUAAUGGAAAACGUAACAUGGAAAAUCCAAAGCACUACACUUUAAAUCCUGAGCUGCGUGGAGGAGCUGGACCCAUUGUUGGUAGGGGGCGGAGCCGCGGUUCUCCAUUUGGGAAACGGAGAAUUCAGUCGGCUGCAAUCUGCGGCCCCCCCACUAGAGGCUCUGAAGAGCUAAGCCCCGCCCACAGAGCGCAGGUCUCUGAGCACUGCGCGUUGUGUGGAUCACGAACCCGAAAUGAAAGUAGAUCCAAUUAUUUAUUCUGUUUUCUGUUUUUUUUCCCCUGUGCAGGUGAUGCUUCCUCCUCAUUUAGGUGUUUUCUUAUUUAAAGUACCGUCUGUAUUAACACGCUAUGGCUGGUGACCAUACGUACAUCUCAAAUAUCAACAGUCAUUGUGGACUUCUUCUUUGGUUUGUUGUUGUCGGGCUGUAACCUUGUUUUGUAUCCAGUAUCAGUGUUGCGUUGAGGCGAAGCGUCGCAGAGACGUUUGGUUAAAAACCUCACGUAUAAAGAUUAAAGAUUUAUUAACCAAAUAUAUAGUUUCAUAUUUUGAAGAAAACAAACUGGAGGAAGCCGUUGGGCUUCGGUCGGGACUAUUUUCAGCGGCGGAAGGAUCCCCACGUGGUGCUCUAGUGAGUCAGAAUAAACUACAGUGUGGUGGUGGUGGUGAUGAUGAUGAUGAUGAAGGAGAACAGUGAGACUCAUCUGGGCGUUUCCAUGGAGAUCCGCCAGGCUUCGGGUGCGUUGACUGUCUGCUCCUGUCGUGGGAUUUGCUGCCUUCGGUGAUGUUGUUGCAGUAUUUUAAUUUCCUGUGACGUCACAGCGAGAUUCAUUUGAAAUAAAAGUUACUAACGUGUGUGUAGAGUUCUCUUCAAACCAAAUGCUUUGUUGUUUCUGCCUGAAGGCGUCUCACUCGCUGCAGUAUAAACGCGUAAAGGACGCCGCGGAAUUCCAAAAACAUGUCACGUGCUUUAAGUGUCUCUUAUUUCUGCCGACUUUUCUUUUCAUUGUUUUGUAAAUUCAGCUUCUCGUUUCACUUAGUUUUAUUUCUUCAAAGAGCCGAUGUCCUGUAUUGACUGCAGGCUUACGUAUAUAUUUGACAAAAGAUGUUGUAUGUUUAAUAAUAAAAAAACUCAAAAAAUGACAAAAAAAAUUGAAGAAAAUUGUGAAAAAAGAAGAAAGUGGAGGAGGGGGUUGAAAUAAAGUGUAAUUUAUACUUUGAAUCUGCAUGGGUCGUAUUUAGAAUAACUAAUGGCAGUGCCUUGUUUUUUAUACAGACGUUGAAAAGACUAAUCAAGUCCUCAUGUGAUCGGUUAUUGAUCUUCAUAAAGGACAGAAGAAUUCAACACCUCAGCGAUUCUUUGAUUCAUUUAUCGUGUUUCAAUAAAUGAGUCGGAAAUAAAUAUGUCUGUCGUCACGGCAACGGUCCAAAACCGUAAUUAAUAGUUAGCAAACAUAUUGAGUGUCGAUUCACACUGUUUGUUGUGAAGUUAUUGAUCCGCCAGCAGGAUCGAUAAAUAAUCAUAUUCAUCAA